AUGUUGAGCAGAAUUGCAUCAAUUUUGUUGAUUGGAAUUUUGGCCUUAGCCUACCAGGCCAUUAAACCUCCACCCCCAAGAACAUGCGGUUCCCCAGGUGGUCCACCCAUAACAGCAGCAAGGAUAAAGCUGAGAGAUGGAAGACAUUUGGCUUACAAAGAAUAUGGUGUUCCAAGACAAUCAGCCAACAACAAGAUUGUAUUCAUACAUGGUUUUGGAUCUUGCAGACAUGAUACAGUCAUAGCAACAAACCUUCCAUCCGGGUUGCUUGAGGAAUUAGGAGCAUAUAUUGUGUCAUUUGAUAGACCAGGCUAUGGAGAGAGUGAUGCUGAUCCAAAAAGAAGUCCAAAGAGUUUGGCUCUUGAUAUUGAGGAACUUGCAGAUAAGCUGGAAUUGGGUUCCAAGUUUUAUGUGAUGGGAUUUUCUAUGGGGGGACAAGCUGUUUGGGGUUGCCUCAGAUUCAUUCCUCACAGACUUGCUGGGGCUACAUUGUUGACUCCUGUGAUAAACUACUGGUGGCAUGGACUUCCUUACAACAUGUCCGUAAAGGCCUAUUAUGAGCAACUUCCACAAGAUCAAUGGACAGUUCGAGUCGCUCAUUAUGUUCCAUGGCUUACACACUGGUGGUUUACUCAAAACUGGUUUCCUACUUCAAGUGUAGUACAAGCCAAUCCUGCUGUUCUUUCCUCCCAAGAUUUGUCCAUUGUUUCCAACUCUGUUAAAAAAGAACAUCAAUCACAGGUGAAACAACAAGGUGAGCACGAAUCUAUAUGUCGCGACGCCAUAAUUGGUUUUGGAACUUGGGAUUUUGAUCCACUUGAUCUUUAUAACCCUUUCUCAGAUAAUACAACCCAAGUUCAUCUAUGGCAAGGUACUGAUGAUCGGCUGGUCCCUGUUACGCUGCAACGAUAUAUUGUUCAAAAACUUCCAUGGAUUCAGUACCAUGAAUUGCCAGGUGCUGGACACUUAUUUCCACAUAUCGAAGAAGUGAGCGCGGCUAUCAUCAAAACACAGUUGGCGGAUACAAAAUAG